CAACAGGCAGGCAAAGAGACCCUGAUUACUCUUGUUGGAAAGACUGUUCCUUGGAAAAGCUUAACAGCACUCCAAAACCCAAACAUGACUGAACAAAAUAAAGAGGUCCGGAUUGUUCUGGUUGGGAAGAUUGGAUCUGGGAAGAGCGCAACAGGAAACGCCAUCCUGGGGAGAAAAGCGUUUGAAUCCAAAAUGUCCUCUAUUUCUGUGACAUCCUCAAGUAAAAAGAAAAGAGGAGAGGUGGGAGGGCAACAUGUAGCUGUCAUCGACACACCUGGCUUGUUUGACACCAAGUUAACACAGGAGGAGGCACUGAAAGAGAUCUCACAGUGCCUGCUUUUCUCCGCUCCUGGUCCCCAUGUGUUCCUGGUUGUGCUCAAGCUGGGAGGAUUCACUGAAGAGCAGCAGAACAUUGUGAAGAUGAUCCAGAAACUAUUUGGUGAUGAAGCAUCGAAAUACACCAUGGUUGUCUUCACACAUGGAGACCUUCUUGAUGAUGUAACAAUUGAAGACUUCCUGCAUGGAAAUCCCAAACUGGAAAGUUUCAUUGCCAAAUGUAAUGGGGGAUAUCAUGUCUUCAAAAACAAAGAUCAGAAUUCCUCCCAGGUCCCUGAGCUGCUUGAGAAGAUAAACAAGAUGGUGAAGAUGAAUGGAGGAAGCCACUACACCACUGAGAUGUUCCAGGAGGCUGAGAGAGCGAUUGAAGAGGAGAAGAACAGGAUCCUGAGAGAGAAUGAAGAGAAGAUACGCAGAGAGAGGGAAGAACUGAAGGCAAAGUUUGAAGGAGUGUGUCUAAGAGAAGAAGUAGAGAAGCUGGGGAUAAAACAGGAAAGAGAAGCUAGAAAGAAUGCUGAGUAUGUAAACCACAUGGGCACAGGUGCUGGAAUUGGAGCGGCUUUGGGAACAGUUGGAGGCCCAAUUGGUAUAUCAGUUGGUGCAGCAGUGGGAAUUGCAGUGGGAGCUGGAGUAAAUGUAUGCAAUACUCAAUGAGAGUCCAUAGCUAACAGUGCUGUACCUUCUACAAGUUGUUUGACUUCAUUACUUGAUAUUGAAAGCUUCCUCUAUGUACACAGAGUAAACAAAACAUUUGAAACACCUUCCUAAUAUUGAGAACUGAUAGAGAAUGAGAGUGAAAGUUGGCCUUGCCUUUUCUAUCAAUGUGGAAAUGGUCCUAAACACACAGGAAGACGGCAAAUUUAAACUAAAUGUUAGCUAAAUCUGUUGCAACGUAUCACUUCUCACUUCUGAGUCUUGUGUUUUGUCGUUCAUUGUCUCUGUUCAAAUCAACUUUAAAAAAACAAAUAAAUAGAGUCUACUGUUAUUGUAGCCUACAUUAAGAAUGAUACUCAGGGGGUUGAUGAACAAAUAUUCAGCUGUUUUUAUUAUUGUGUUUUACUGAUCACAAGAAAAGGUUGUUGUAUUGAGUUAGAUUUUAUCAGGAGUAACAGACACCUGAAAAAGAUGGGAGGCACUCGCUAAUGAAGUAUUACUUAGAUGUAUUAUUAACACUCACUAAUAAAGUAUUACUUAGAUGUA